UUAUAGCCAGUUGCCGUGAAUCGUACGCUUUGGUAAAAAGAGGAAAUCGCUUUUUUUCUUUCUGUUUCAUUUGUUGUAAACGAUCAAACAAUCGUUAGGUCGCUUGUUUAGGCGUUUAGAGGCAGACACUAUUUAUCCGGUCUAGGAACAUGCAACACCUUCGGGCGUAAGGAAAAGAAAAAGGAGAAGCAGAAAUUUUUCGACCAGGAAGUUUUUAAUAUAUUUUCGGAGCUUGCAAAAUAACUCUUUACAGAAAAAAGAAUUAUAGGAAGAUAUCUAAAGGUGGUAUCUAUUUUUAAUUACAUCAUCAUGUCCGUCAUUCUGAGAAUAUGUGCGGAGUUUAUUCGCAUUUUAGUGACGAUCACUCGUCCAUAUUCUGACUACGUUUUGGAUUUUCUUUACCGUCUUUUUAUGGGUAAGACGCAGAAACUUCCCGCCAUCGACAAUAAAAUUCUUCUAAUACCAGCUGUAGAACUAGCGGAAAAAAUUAGAAAAAGACAGCUCAGUUCCGAAGAAAUAAUGAAAGUAUAUAUUGAAAGAGCUAAAUCUGUUCAUCCUUACAUUAAUGCCGCUGUGGAUGAACGCUACGAAGAAGCACUAAAAGAUGCAAAGGAAGUUGAUAAAUUCUUGGCGAGUGGAGUUAAAUCCGAAGAAGAUAUCGCCAAAGAAACGCCACUUCUUGGAGUUCCAUUCUCUUGCAAAGAAACAAUCGGUAUUACAGGAAUGAAACAAACAUCGGGACUCGUACGUUCCAAGGACCAUAUAGCCGAUAGGGAUGGUGGAGCGGCGGAAAUGUAUCGGAAGGCCGGUGCCAUUCCCUUCGUCGUCACCGAUGUACCGGAACUUUGCAUGUGGUGGGAGAGCUCUAACCACGUAAAUGGUUUGACGAAGAAUCCUUAUGACAACACAAGGACCGUCGGGGGGAGCUCAGGAGGAGAAGGUGCCAUAAUUACAUCAGCCUGUUCAAUUAUCGGUAUCGGUAAUGAUAUAGCUGGAAGUAUACGAAUCCCUGCAUCAUUUUGUGGAAUCUACGGACACAAACCAUCCAGAGGUAUCGUGCCAAAUUGGGGUAUGUUUCCUUACUGCGAAAUGAAGACAGAAAAAGAAGACCGGACCAUCGACUUUGUAAGCACAGGCCCCAUGUGCAGAUACGUUCAAGAUCUUCCACUACUGUUGAAGGCUCUUUCUGGUAAUGAUGAAAGAUUGAAAUUAGAUACGAAGGUGAAUUUCAAGAAUAUUAAAAUAUACUACAUCGAAGAAUUCCCGGGGAUCUUGAAUGCUGCAGUACCAGAUGUGAAGAAACGCAUUAAAACGGCAGUAAAACACUUCAGCAAUGAAUACGGCGUUGAAGCAACACCUCUGGUAUGUCCCGAGCUACAACAUGCCUUUUACAUUUGGGAAUCCAAACUAUUGGAACACGACGGCCCACCCUUCCAGUUCUAUUUGAAAGGAAAAAAUAAGAGCAUCAACAUGUGGUUGGAAUUAUUUAAGAGCAUAAUCAGGUCCUCUGAACACACCCUCCCAGCUAUAUACUUUGGAAUCGUGGACAGAAGGAAAAAGGACGACUUUUACCAGUUCUGCCUCGACAAGUACAAAGUAAUCUAUCGCAAAUUCAAGGAAAUCUUUGAAGAAGACGCUAUUCUAUUGGUCCCGACCCAUCCAGAACCUCCUCCUCACUACUUAAUGACCAUUCCAAUGUAUCCUAACAUCGCCUACACCUGCAUAUUCAAUAUAUUGGGUUAUCCAUCUACGCAAAUACCUGCAGGAUUGAGCAAUGGCGCUCCUGUUGGUAUCCAGGCUGUAAGUGGACCGUUCAAAGAUCAUCUCUGCUUAGCAGCAGCGGCGGAAUUGGACAAAGUUUUCAAUGGUUGGAUCAGUCCUUGUCCUGUUAGUGUAUGAAGAAGAAUCCCUAGAUAAUUCUAUUUUGUAGUAUCUGUGUUUUUGAAUCAUGUCAUCCUGUUUUUGUAACCUUGCAUUUCUGAUAUUAUUAAGGUCUCUGUCUAAACUUACUCUUUGAAGUAA